CAUAUACAAAGAUAAUGAGCUCAGUGAAUACCGCGCAGACCUCGUUAUUGAACAGAGUAGACGGUUCGUCACAGGUGGAGUCCGGAGCCACCAAGGUGUUGUGCUCGGUUACGGGUCCGAUCGAGGCCAAGUCGAGACAGGAGCUUCCGACGGCAGCGGCAUUGGAGAUCAUCGUCCGUCCCGCGGUGGGCGUCUCCAGCACCAGAGAAAAGUUACUCGAGGAUAAGUUGAGAAGCGUGUUGUCCUCCGUCAUCGUGCGCCACAUUUACCCGAGACAGUUGAUCCAGAUCGUUGUGCAGGUGUUACAGGCCGGCGAAAGCGCCGAAUACACUGUCCGAGAGACCGCUGCGGCGAUUAAUGCUUCGUUUCUCGCCUUAAUCGAUGCCAAUGUCGCCUUGCACACUUCGUUUAGCGCCACGUGUUUGGCCGCGCCCACUGCACAGUCCCCUAAGGAGAAGUUCAUAUUAAGUCCGACCGCUGACGAGUUGAAGAAGGCCUUGUCGAACCACGUUGUUGCCUACUCCAUUGUGAAUGGCGAGUCCGAAAAGUUAUUGUUGAGCGACUCCAACGGCAGCUUUACCGAAGCGCAGUUGUACCACGUGUUGGACGUGGGCGCCGCCGAGUGUGAGCUCAUACACAAGAAGUUCAGGCAGACGGCGAAGGAAAAGAUCGAGCACGAUUACGUGUGGCAAUGUUAAUGUAAUAUAGAUAUUUAAAGAUGCUCGGGCGUAGGAGAUGAAAAUUGUAACCAGACCAGGA